UAUAAGUAUCCUCUUAACUGUUGCCAUAUUUUCAUUGCUAUUCGAGCGAAGAAGACUCACACAAUAUUUCUGAGAUAGAAAGACUUCAAGCCGAAAUCAAGACCCAAUAACUGACUCUGAUUCACUAUGGAAGACCAAGCAAAACCUACCCCUCAGAAAAGGGCUGUCAGUUACUCAAAAAGGAAAAGGGAUGAAGGAGUUGACAAUAAAAGGUGUAAAUAUGAGAGAGAUGUGGGUUCAAGGAGAGAAAUGUCAGAGAAAGGAGCUUCAUCUCAGUCAACAACAAAACAAAAAAGACAUAAAGGAGACCGUGAAAAGAGGGAAAUAGUGGGAAAACGAAAUAUUUUGGGCAAACAUAUAUUUUACACAAGAUUUAAUGCAUAUGAAGACAAAAUUAAUUUGUUGAAAAAUUCUCGAGAAGAAAUAUGUAUUUUUUUAAAAUGUAUAGGAAUGGAUAAAAAUACUUUUCUAAAAGAUUUUACACAGAAAAUAGAAAUUUUGAUGAAAAACAUUAAAAAAAUCGAUUACGAUCAAGAAUUUAUUAUUUUUGGAAAACUAGAAUUGUUCCUGGGACACUAUUUACAGAGAAAUAUUCUACAAGACAAACACAAAACCAUUGAGCCACCAAAAAUAAUCACUAAAUUUCGACCUCUUUGGCCAGUUGUGACCAGAGAAGCAAAGAUUAAGGAAUCUGGAGAAGAAUUUGAGAAAAGCACAAUAAUAUCCAGUAUUAUCAUACAUGAUGGAAUAGUGACAUAUUCCAGCCAUUGUAUGACAAUAUGUUGUGUAACAAGAGACGGUAACAGAAAUGAUGUUCAUUGUCCAUCUUCAGUUACCAGUUUCACCAGAAUCAGUCAAGACAUGGUUCUAGCAACCCUCCCCUUCCAAAAAAUGAUUGUAUUAAUUAGUCCCACAAGCUUCAAGAUUAAAAGAAUACAGAUGGGAUUAUAUAUGGUGACUUACUUUGAACAUUCUACACUCAUAGGUGUAGAAAUGUUUGGAAAGACUAUUUACCAAAUUGAGUGGGAAAAUAACAGAAUUCGAAAUGAAUUCAUUACCAAAGAAAUACCUACAGAUAUUGCUGUAGGUGUCCAGAAUAUACUUUUAAUUACAUUUUCCAGUAUUAACAGAGUAAUCUGUUAUAAAGUGGAUGGCCAACAGUUAUGGGAGGUAGAGACCCAUUCUCUGCACCUCCCAAGUAAAAUCUCUCUCUACCAAAGCUAUUUCUAUGUCCUCCAGGGACAGAUCAUUUAUAGGAUUUCGGCUAAAGGUGGUGUGACAAAGAGGGACAUUGGCAGGAAAUGCCGUUCUAUUUCUGUUGUUAAAGAUACCAUUUUGGUAACAGAUUAUUUUGGCAAACCACAUGCCAUUGAAACAAAUAAAUACUUUUGGCCCAAACUGUCAUACAACCAUCAGCUACAUACCCCCAGUUUGAAAGACUAUAUUUAUAUUAACGAUUGCUAUAACGUUACAAAUAUUCUACCUAUGUCUACAUCUUCUAUAUUAAUAAUUUACAAGAACAAGAAAGCUAAAUUAUUCACUGAUACUGGGGAAAUAAUUAACCAAAAUAAUUUAGUUUUCCUUGAGCUUCCUUCUUUCUGUUGUAGAAUAAAUGCAAACAGAUUCCUGGUAUUUUAUCGUGAAAUGAAAGGAUUUCAGUAUAUCACCUGUCCUGAACUUGGAAAAGGUCCUUUAAUAAAGGUCCAAACUGAUUACAUGGAAAUAUGUCAUAUUGUAUUAAAUAAGUGUUUAGCUGUGACCACCACUGAAAACAAAACUGAGAUCCAUAUCCUACUGAUCAACGAAGAUAAAGUUGAUAUUAUUGAAAGAAUUUCUCUGGGACAUUAUAAUGUCACCAUUACUGCAACUCCAAUUAAUUUUGUAGUCGUAGAUAGAAGCGAAAAUAAAAUGGUAUUUUAUUCCACAUGUGGUGAAGAACUUUUUCAAAAAUACCUUCCAUCCUAUGGCUCUCCCCAUCACAUCUACUCUGAUAAUGUUUAUUUUUAUGUCCUCUUCAAGAGACACUCUAUUCUGAUAUGUUAUGAUAUAUAUGGAGAAAUGAAAUGGCAGUGGCAACUGCCUUUCCCUGUUCACCCUCACAUUGCUGUUUUCCAAGGGACUGUUUAUCUACCGGACACUCAACUCAACAGGGUCCUUCUUUACAAGUAUCAGGACUAGUCGUCUGGCUGUUGUUUACACCUGAAAAAUCCUUAUAUCAGAAAUCUAAAUCUACGACUCAAAGAAAAGGAGAAUGACAAAAAACUUGUCAUUGGCGAAAUAUGUAAUCUGGCAAAUCGACAGUUGGUGGUGUCCGACAUCAACCAUGAUUGCUUGUU